AUGGAUGAGUGGCGAGCUAUCUCCCACUUCACCAACCCAACAGUGCCUACGUCUGCGACACCACCGGCCCCGUCGACGAAGGACAUACAUCUAGGUGUCGCCAUCAUCCACACCACAGCGGCAGUAUUCGAAUUCGCAAUCGUCCUCGACGAGGCCGACGCCGAAGGUCCUUCCCCAUUCUAUCACCCUCGACGUCCGUCCACUGUAUUUGCUUUGAGCACGAACGACCACGGGCCUCGCAAGGUUCAGGCACGGCCCUGUCUUCUCCGCAACUUCCACAAGGGCGCGGACGGGAGCACAUGGCAAGAAUCCGAGGUGAAGUCCUACCACGAUUUCCCUCUAGGGGUCGUCUUGGGUGUCCUUCACAUCACAUCUUACAGCAAGCACGGUGGAACAGCAAUAGCGAACAUCGCUUUCCUCUUGACUACGCUGAUGGAUGCUAGCUUUGUGGAUCCUGAGGGGUCCUCUAUCCAUUGGGUUUCUGCCGUCUUAGCGAGGCUCAAGCUUCCUAUCAUCAACUGCGGGAAGCCGGUUCAAAGCUCGUACAUACUCGAAGAUGUCGAUGAGAAGACGGUGGAGUAUAUGGCGGUCCGCUUCGCGCAUCUGAGCUGGUUGGCUCGAAGGCUCCGGGACUAUGAACCGCCAAAGGAUCGACAGGCCGCGAUCUUUCACUCUUUCGUCGAUGCUACAGACGGAGACCCAAAGAAGCGUCCUUUAUUUGUUUAUCCGAAGACCUCCCUGGCGGAGAGAUUGCAUAUCUGGGGGAUCCAGGUCUACUAG